CCAUUAGAAGGAUUUGAACAGACAGAUCUUCGACAAUUAUUAAAGGAAAAAAAUUAGUUGCUAAACACGUACUCACAUAACAAAUCGAAAGCCCUAGAGAGAAAACCCGGAAGAAGAAGUAGGUGAAGUUGGGAGAGUGAAAAGGCCAAGAUGGAAAAAAAAAAGCAAGGGGAGGAGCUUUUGCAAACUCUAGGGGACUUCACGAGCAAGGAGAACUGGGACAGGUUCUUCAGUAUCCGAGGCAGCGAUGACUCCUUCGAGUGGUACGCGGAGUGGGCCGAGCUCAGAGGCCCACUAUUGUCCCACCUCCAACAACAACAACAUCAGCCGAAUAUACAGAUACUGGUUCCUGCUUGUGGAAACUCUCGUCUCUCCGAGCACCUGUACGAUGAUGCCGCCUUUAAGGCCAUCACCAACAUCGACUUCUCCAAGGUUGUCAUUUCCGACAUGUUGCGCCGCAACGUCCGUCAACGCCCUGAAAUGCGGUGGCGCGUUAUGGACAUCACGACAAUGCAGUUCAUGGAUGAGACUUUUGAUGCUGUUGUUGAUAAAGGUGGACUCGAUGCUUUGAUGGAGCCACAACUUGGCCCUAAGCUCGGGAUUCAAUAUUUAUCUGAGGUUAUGAGAAUUCUGAAAUCUGGGGGAAAAUUUAUUUGCCUUACCUUGGCUGAGUCUCAUGUUUUAGGUUUGCUCUUCUCUAAGUUGAGAUUCGGGUGGAAAAUGACUAUUGAGGCCAUACCUCAGACUCAGAAACCAUCCAGUAAGCCUAGCCUUCAAACAUUUAUGGUAGUUGCUGAGAAAGAGAUGUCUAGUACGUUGUACGAGAUAACAGCAUUGUUCAAUAAUGAUUCUAUUGAUUGUAAUGGAGUUCAGGCUUGUGGAAUCAAUGAAGCUCUUGAAAAUGAGAACCAAAUUCGAAGAGGAUACUUCAAUGGUUCUCAUAUAUUGUACUCACUUGAAGACCUGCAACUUGGAGCGAAAGGGGAUCUCACAAAGCUUUGCCAAGGUCGUCGGUUCCAGCUUACUUUGGGUGGACAAGGGGGCUCUCUUUUCAGUUAUAGAGCCAUACUUCUUGAUGCUCGGCAGCAUUCUGGUUCAUUCAUGUACCAUUGUGGGGUUUUUAUCGUGCCUAAGACCCGGGCUCGUGAAUGGCUAUUCUCUUCAGAAGAAGGACAAUGGAUGGUAGUUGAAAGCUCAAAGGCUGCUCGUCUCAUAAUGGUUUUAUUAGACACCUGCCACAAUAAUGCUAGCAUGGAUGAUAUUCAGAAGGAUUUAUCUCCACUGGUGGAACAAUUGGCACCUGGAAAAGAAGAUAAUGGAGCUCAAAUUCCGUUCAUGAUGGCUAGUGAUGGGAUCAAGCAACGGAAUAUCAUUCACCAGGUCACAUCUCCAUUGAGUGGACCAGUAAUUGUUGAAGAUGUGAUUUAUGAAAAUGUUGAUGUUGAUGUUCGCCUUUUGCCAUCUGGAGAUUUGAUAUUUCGUCGCCUUAUUUUUGAAAGAACUGGAAGUCUGGUGCAGUCAGAAGCUUUGCUAGCAAAGGAAGGAUCUGAGAAAAUUAAUCAGAUUGAGAGGAAGAAAACUAGCCCAUCUUCCAAAUCCAAGAGAAGGGGACCUAAAAAAAUAAUUGAACUGAGCAACCAGCUGAAGGUCUAUCAUAGCUAUUUGGCUAGUGCUUAUCAUACAGGAAUUAUUUCUGGGUUUGUGUUGAUUUCUUCUUAUAUGGAAAGUGUGGUGUCAACAGGAGAAACUGUUAAAACACUUAUUAUAGGUCUUGGAGCUGGCUUGCUUCCUAUGUUCCUUCAUGAAUGUAUACACUUUUUACAUAUUGAGAUGGUGGAGUUAGAUCCUGUGAUUCUCAAUCUUGCAAGGGACUACUUUGGUUUUACUGAAGAUAAAGGUUUAAAGGUGCAUAUUGCUGAUGGGAUCCAGUAUGUUAGAGAGAUUGCAAAUUCUGUAGAAGCUAAUGAAGUAUCUGCUUUUCAUGGAAAUGGGGAUACUUCCUGCACUUCAAAUUACGCUCCAAAUGAAAAUUUUAUGGCAUAUCAUGUAGAAGGCAGAGGGACUACGAAGGUUGACAUAGUGAUUAUUGAUGUGGACUCAUCAGACUCUAGCUCUGGACUGACCUGCCCUGCUGCAGAUUUUGUGGAAGAGUCUUUCCUUCAGAUUGUGAAAGAUUCCCUUUCUGAGCAAGGUCUCUUUGUCAUUAAUUUGGUCUCGCGUUCCUCAGCCGUUAAAGACAUGGUUGUUUCAAGGAUGAAAGCGGUCUUUAGCCAUCUCUUUUGCCUUCAGCUUGAGGAAGAAGUCAAUGAAGUUCUUUUUGCUCUUCGUUCAGAGUCCUGUAUUGGGGAAGGUUGCUUCCCUGAAGCUGCUUUAAAGCUUGGGAAACUGUUGAAGUUCAAACAUCCAGAGAUGAGCCAAAGAAUUUUAGAUGGUACAAAGAAGGUCAGAUAUCUCAAGUGAAAGCUUCUAGAGAUUCUUUCUGAGUUGAAAUAUAUGUAAAACGUCACUGGUCCAGAAGGAAAAUUUUUUGGGAAUUCAGUUAUAAGUUUUGACCGGGAUUUGCUGUGACCGAUAUUUUUGUGAUUGGUAUUAGAUGGUUUACUGCUUAACUAUUAGUUGUUUCAUAGUAGACUUGUGCGAUUGUGAAUGGUCAAUGAAACUUGGUGCGUCCAUAUAAUCAA